UGACAUGCCCAGGUUCACAAAGCUAGCAAGUGUCUGAGUCCACAUUUGAACUCAAGAUGAGUCUUCCUGACUUGAAUCCUGGCCCUUUAACCAUUUCGCAUAGAUGGCAUAUAGUAGGCGCUUAUGAGUCUUAUAGAGUGAUUGAUAGCCAAGUACUAAUAAAGCACUAAGUCUUAGGCAGUGAAAUAGUAGAGCCGGCACACAACAAUGGCUGAGACAUCACGUGAUUCCAGUCCAAGCGAAACUACAUUUCCCAGAAGGGCUUUUAAGCAGCCCCGGGUUUGGCGACGAGUCUUCCGAGGAGCUCUGAGUUCGAUAGGCUGAGGAGCAAUAGUGGGUGGGUCCAUUACGCAGCACGGCCUGUUUCCGGUGAGGCGGCAGAGGCGGCGAGGAGCCGGAGGCGCUUCUUGGGCUCUCGGAAAAGGGAAGCAACAUGUCGGCGGCGUUUAAAAAGGCAGCCAAGUCUCGGCAGCGGGAGCACCGGGAACGAAGCCAGCCUGGCUUUCGGAAACAUCUGGGCUUUCUGGAAAAGAAGAAAGAUUAUAAACUUCGUGCCAAUGACUACCACAAGAAACAGGAAUACCUCAGAACCCUUCGGAAGAAGGCCCUGGAAAAAAAUCCUGAUGAGUUUUACUUUAAGAUGACUCGAGUUCAACUCCAGGAUGGGGUCCAUGUGGUCAAGCAGCCCAAGGACGAGGUGACCAGUGAGCAGCUGAAGGUGAUGAAGACUCAGGACAUCAAAUACGUGGAGAUGAAGAGGGCGGCAGAAGCCAAGAAAAUCGAACGGCUGAAGUCGGAGCUCCACCUGCUGGAGGCCUCAGGGAAGCAGAAGAACCAGCACGUGUUCUUCUUUGACACCAAAAAGGAAGUUAAAGAGUUUGAUAUCGCGACUCACCUGCAGACGGCCCCCGAGCUAGUGAAGAGAGUCUACAACCGACCCAGGAUAGAGACCUUGAAGAAGGAAACAGUGAAGGGCGUGACGGAGAGGAGCCAAAUAGAGAAGCUAGCUAGAGAGAGGAAAAGGCAAUACAGCCUCCUGAAGCAACGUAUCGAGAGGGAGAAGGAAUUGUUUGUUAUUGCACAGAAAAUCCAAACACGCAAAGAUCUUCUGGAUAAAACCCCCAGAGUGAAGGUGAAGAAUGAAACUGUCAACUCGCCAGCUAUUUACAAAUUUAAAAGUCAACGGAAACGUUAAA